AUGAAAGCAUAUGCAAUUGCACUCAUAGUCUGUGGCUCUGUGGCAGCUCUAAUUUUGAUUUUGUGUUGUCUUUGCAAAAGUGGCCGAAAGAACAAGAACCGCCCUCUGACUGGUGGUGCUCCCCCUCCUCCUCCGCCUAUACAAGCGAAUCGCGAUGUUGAAAAGGGUGAAAUUACAUCCAAGAACACAGCAAUGAGAGAUGGUGGUAUGGUUAUUUUAGGUGCUGCUGCAGCAACAGUGGCCACUACUGCUGUUAUUACUAGUUCUUACAGUGGUGGUUGUGGCGGCGGAGGUGGUGGCUGCGGUGGUGGAUGUGGAGGCUGUGGUGGUGGAUGUGGAGCCAUAAUAUUUUUGAUUUUGGGUUGUCUUUUCAAAAUUUUCGGAAAGAAAACAAGCCACCAAGGGAACCAUGAUGUUGAAAGGGGUGGAAUUGCACGCAGGAAUAACACAGCAAUGAGGCAUGGUGGAAUGGCUAUUCUAGGGGCUACUGCUGGAGGGACGAGCAGUUGGGGUGGAGGUGGUGGCUGUGGCGGCAGAGAUGGUGGUGGUGGUGGUGGAGGCGCCGGUGGCUGUGGAGGUAGAGGUGGAGGAGGAGGCGGUGGAUGUUGA